AUGGUGGCGCCGCGGGGUUUGGUAUUGGAAGCUGGAGGGCGGGUAUUGGAUAAGGACGAGGAGAAGAAUGCGGAGUCUUCCUCCGGGAAGAAGUCCAAGGCGGAGAAGUUUCCGAUUUCUAGGUGGGAGUUUGGGGCGGCGUUAGGGGUGUUUAUGGUAUUUUCUACCGGAUUGUUGUUUAUUUACAUCUCCAUGCCCUCUGCCGAAUAUGGGAUGCUCAAGUUGCCUCGUAACCUCGCAGACCUUCGCUUAAUCAAAGAUCAUCUUGCUAAAUAUGCUCAAGUUUACCCAGCAAAGUUCAUUCUAGGUUACUGCUCAACAUACAUAUUCAUGCAGACAUUUAUGAUUCCUGGGACAAUUUUCAUGUCUUUACUAGCUGGGGCACUCUUUGGUGUUAAAGGCAUUUUUUUGGUUGUCUUUAAUGCAACAGCUGGUGCAUCGUGCUGCUAUUUUCUAUCUAAACUUAUUGGCAAGCCUAUUGUUACUUGGUUAUGGCCUGAGAGAUUGAGAUAUUUCCAGGCUGAGAUAGCAAAGCGGAGAGAGAAAUUGAUUAAUUACAUGCUCUUUUUGAGAGUUACCCCAACAUUACCAAAUCUCUUUAUCAAUCUGGCAUCACCUAUUGUGGAUAUACCAUUUCAUAUUUUCUUUCUGGCAACUGUUAUUGGUCUUAUUCCAGCGUCCUACAUUACAGUUAGGGCUGGACUUGCUCUUGGAGAUCUAAAAUCAGUCAAAGAUCUAUAUGAUGUUAAGACCUUGGCAUUGCUUUUCCUCAUUGGGUCUCUUUUAUUAGUUCCAACCCUUUUGAAGAGGAAACGCAUAUAUGAAUAG